GACCCUCUGGGAAGCACUGUCCAUCUGUCUGUCUCUCUUGUAUUGUCUCUAGCCUCCGGGAGGAAGUGGCUAAGUUCUUGUCUUUCUACUGCAAGAGUCCGGCACCCCUCAAACCAGAGAAUGUGGUUGUUCUGAAUGGCUGUGCCUCUCUCUUCUCUGCUCUGGCCACCGUGCUGUGUGAGGCAGGGGAUGCUCUCCUGAUCCCCACACCUUACUAUGGAGCCAUCACCCAACACGUCUGUCUCUAUGGCAAUGUCCGACUGGUAUCUGUGUAUCUGGACAGCGAGGUCACUGGGCAGGACACACGUCCCUUCCAGCUUACAGUGGAGAAGCUGGAGAUGGCCCUGCAAGGAGCUAACUCUGAGGGUGUGAAGGUCAGAGGCCUCAUCCUCAUCAACCCCCAGAACCCUCUGGGUGACAUCUAUUCCCCCAGAGAGCUGCAAGAGUUCCUGGGAUUUGCCAAGAGGCAUGAGCUGCACGUGAUCAUGGAUGAGGUCUACAUGCUGUCCGUGUUUGAGGACUCAAUCAAAUACCACAGUGUCCUGAGCCUGGAAGGGCUACCUGACCCCCAGAGGACCCAUGUGAUGUGGGCGACAAGUAAGGAUUUCGGGAUGUCUGGGAUGCGCUUUGGCACGCUAUACACCGAAAACCAGCAUGUGGCCACUGCUGUGGCGUCCCUCUGCCGCUAUCACAGCCUCAGUGGCCUGGUCCAGUACCAGAUGGCACAGCUGCUCCAGGACUAUGACUGGAUCAACCAUGUAUACCUGCCAGCAAACCAUGCCCGGCUCAAGGCUGCCCACACCUAUGUCUCGGAAGAGCUCAGGGUCCUGGGGAUCCCCUUCCUGAGUCGUGGGGCAGGCUUCUUCAUCUGGAUUGACUUGAGAAAGUACCUUCGCAAGAGCACUUAUGAGGAGGAAAUGCUGCUCUGGCGCCGAUUUUUGGACAACAAGGUGCUGCUGUCCUUUGGCAAGGCUUUUGAGUGUAAAGAGCCAGGCUGGUUCCGUGUGAUCUUCUCAGACAAGGUCCACCGGCUUCGCCUGGGGAUGCAGAGGAUCCGGCAGGUGCUUGAGGGCAAAUCCCAAGACGCCCCUCCUUGUCAGCCCCAGCAGCUGAGUGACUAGCACAGAUGAGCUGGCACUGCCUCACAAGCAGCUGCUGCCCCUGCCCUGGAUAUGCAGGGGCUGCCAAAAACUGGAUGAGCAAUUUGCCAUCAGGAUUCCCAGCCUGUUUUGCCUUUGAAGAAUAGUUUCCUGCCUUUGCCGGUGACAGCAGGAGACUCUUUAAGCUAAGGUUCAUCAUGGGCCACCAUGCUCCUUUAUUCAAGUCUGGGGUCUGCUACAUUCCUCUUUUGUGAGUAGUUUCUAGAAUGGAGUCAUGACUGCUCUAACCACAGCCCUCAGCCCCCCGAGGACAUGAGAGCAAAUAACCUGUACCUUCUUUGUGAUGGUGCCUUUGGGCCUUUUUGUUGCUAGGGAAACAAGCCAGAGCAACAGCUCACACAGAGAGAAUGCCGAAAAAUAAAA